AUGGCCAACAAAGCCGAUGACAAAGCGAUCACCACGCACGAUGAAAUCAACAGCCUCAAUCUCCCGCCGACAACACACAAAUUCAAGUUCUCAUCGAAAUCCAAAACCCAGGAUGGCGACGUGGCAUUGAAACUUUUCCAAAAUGCCGAUGACUUGCACGAACCGAUUGAUCCAGUCGAAGAGAAAAAACUCAUCCGAAAAAUCGAUCUUCUGAUUCUUCCCUUGAUCGCGGUCAACUACGCUUUCUUUUACAUUGACAAAACCACACUGUCAUAUGCCGCAAUCUUUGGCAUCAGAGAAGAUCUCAACCUUCAUGGAACCCAAUACAAUUGGCUGAGCAGUCUUUUCUACUUUGGCUUCCUUGCCUGGGCAUUUCCAACCAACUUCUUGAUGCAGAGAUUACCAUUGGGUAAAUAUCUCGGUUUCAACAUUUUUCUAUGGGGAUUCUUCCUGAUUCUCCAAGCCGCCUGCAACAGCUUCGCCACUCUUGGGGUUCUCAGAGCGUUGGCAGGAGCAGCAGAAGCAUGCUCGGAUCCCUCAUUCAUGCUGAUCACAGUCAUGUGGUACACGCGACGAGAGCAACCCUUGCGGAUCGGACUAUGGUACACAGCAAAUGGUGCCGGGAUCGCCCUGGGUGGCCUCCUAGGCUAUGGAAUCGGUCACAUCAAAGGUGCAUUGGCAUCAUGGCGCUACGAAUUCAUCAUUGUUGGCUCUUUGUGUUGCGCCUGGGGCAUUGUCAUCGGCAUCUUCAUGCCCGAUUCCCCCGUAACAGCGAAGUUUCUGAAUGAUCGAGAAAGGAGGAUUGCCGUCGAGAGAUUGAAGAGCAAUCAAACCGGUAUCGAGAAUAAACAUUUGAAGCCUUAUCAAGUCCUGGAAGCUUUCAUGGACAUCAAACUCUACCUCUUCUUCAUCCUAGGCAUGGUGUGCAACAUUCCCAACGGCGGCAUCUCGAAUUUCGGCACCAUCAUUAUCAAAGGCUUCGGAUUUUCCACCCUCGUCACAACCCUCAUGCAAAUCCCCUAUGGCUGCUUCAUCAUCCUUUCCAUCCUUUUAUGCGUGUUCUUGAACGACCGUUUCCCAAACAACAACCGAUGCCUAUUCAUCCUGUUGUUUCUCUGCCCCAACAUUGCCGGCGCAUUUGGAUUGCGUUUCGUCGAUCAAUCGCACCAUGCAGGCCGAUAUAUCUGCUACUUGCUCACGGGGCCAUACAACGCGGCGUUCGUCAUGAUUCUGUCGCUGCAAAUUGCCAAUACAGGCGGCCACACGAAGAAAGUUGUCACAAAUGCCGUUCUCUUCUUGGGUUAUUGUACCGGUAACAUCGCCGGUCCGUUCUUCUAUAAGACGGACCAGGCACCGAACUAUGAGUUGGGCAUUUGGAGUAUGAUCGUCAGUCACUUACUCGAAGUCUGCGUCAUCAUCACAUUCUGGGUCUUAAUGAGUCGCGAGAACCGGAGACGUGAUAAGAUCCAGGCGCAAGAGGAGGGAGGGUUGGAGGGCAGAGAUCUCGAUGCCACAGCUUUUGGGGAUCUGACAGAUCGUGAGAAUUUGAAUUUUAGGUAUAUCUACUAG